CAUAACCAAAGCUGGAACACUUCCUUGCGCAUGUUAGCUGUCCUGCGGGAAUCUCCUCAUUCCUUUUACUCUCCUACGAUUAUUCCAAAACUCUUGUGCCGAUCUUCAAAAACGCUUUUGCGGAUUUCUUCUUAAUCAUUACGCAUUUUGGGUUUCAAAAGUUUUAGCCGAAUCUUCUCGUUGUCUAGAGAUUAAAGGAAACUCAUAUGGCUCAAGCAGUUGAAGAAUGGUACAAGCAGAUGCCUAUUAUCACCCGCUCGUAUCUAACAGCAGCUAUUGUCACCACCAUCGGUUGUUCCCUGGAUAUAAUAUCUCCUCAUAAUUUGUACUUGCAUCCUACACUUGUGGCUAAGCAUUAUCAAUUCUGGCGUCUCAUCACCAAUUUCCUGUACUUCCGGAAAAUGGACCUGGACUUUUUGUUCCACAUGUUCUUUCUUGCUCGAUACUGCAAACUUUUAGAAGAGAACUCCUUCAGGGGGAGGACUGCAGAUUUCUUUUACAUGCUCUUAUUUGGUGCCACUGUUUUGACUGGGAUUGUUCUUCUUGGGGGAAUGAUACCUUAUUUGUCAGAAUCAUUUGCAAAAAUCAUAUUCCUUAGCAAUUCAUUGACGUUCAUGAUGGUGUAUGUCUGGAGCAAGCAAAAUCCAUUUAUCCACAUGAGUUUCUUGGGCCUCUUUACUUUUACAGCAGCAUACCUACCAUGGGUUCUUUUGGGAUUCUCUGUCCUUGUUGGCGCAAGUGCUUGGGUAGAUCUACUGGGAAUGAUAGCUGGCCAUGCUUACUAUUUUCUUGAGGAUGUAUAUCCACGGAUGACUGGUCGACGACCGCUACGAACUCCAUCAUUUAUUAAAUCACUAUUUGCUGAUGAGGCUGUUGUAGUGGCCCGGCCUGCAAAUGUGAGAUUUGCUGCCCCGCCUGCUGAGGACAUGCAUCAAGAUUGAUCUGGACCCCUACCUACAAUCGUAGGCUAAUGAGCGGUGGCUUUUGGUCAGCCCUUGCUAUUUGGGGAUGUAAAGUUGACACAGUUCUUUGGCAUUAUCUAUUCUGACAUGUCUUCACUUAGGUUAACUACGUAUAUGAUUUUGCUGCUACAGGAGCCAUGCAUAACUUGGAGACGAGGUUUUGUAAUUUAUAUCAAGAAUGUAAGCUCCUAGGGUCCUAAUGGAUAGAGGGUGGUUUUGUGCAUUUGUUGCUGCUUUGGUUUUUUUUACCCUUUGUCAAACUUUUUCAGCCCAUUCUUUUUCUGAAUUUUACGGUUUCCUUACAGUUCAUGGCUGUUCUUUUUGUGGGAGUAAACGGUGAGUUUUGCAUUGUGAACUCGGCCGCCCGCUUGCUUUGUGAAAUUAUUUUUCUUUUUCAUA